AUCACGCUCACGCGCAGGGAGAAGCCUUCCUCUCGUGCGCUCCGGGAGAUUCCAGUGGCCUGGCAAUUAGUGACCAGGGUGAUACGGGGAACCGACACUCAAAUAUCCAGACAGCAACGGACGCUCAAUGACAAGCCGUGCAUUCCUGGGGAGGAACAACGCGCUUUUAGUGGAUCUACCAAAAUGCAGAGGAGUGGCAAGAACAAGUUAUUUCCUCUGAGCAUCUUUACCUUUCAGUGAACUCUAGCUAGUAAGGAGCAGAAACAUAAACACGGCGAGGCAGGAGACAGCUGCAUACACUUCUGCCUGCGGUGAACAGCACUGUCAGCUUCAGGAAACAUUCUCGAGAAAACCUGUCUACACUCUGGUGAGCUCACCUCUCAAGGGUCCGGGGCAUUGUGAACCUGACUGAUGUCCUGUCUCCAUGCCAACCGAAAUCUCAGGUCGUGAUAAACCUAAACCCUCCUGUCAGAAGGUGACCUCUCUGCCCCAAUCCAAGCUCUACAGGUUACUGACAGCACGGAGCGAAAAACCCCCAGCAUUGCUUUUCAUAUCUGAAAUGAAGCUCUGCCAUUUGAGCACGUUCUCACUUGAUAUACACAGACCUCCUCCGUAUCUGUCUGGAUUCUCCAGAAUAUGCCCGGCCUGCACGAUGGACUCCAACAGCACAGAGUUGGGCCUGUACUCACCAUCCGACGCCCUGGAAGUGGGAAUCUACCCGGCAUCCACUCCAUGGCCAUUGCUCCAGAACACAAGCCUCAUCAACCUCAGUGUUGUUUUCAAGCUCAAUGGGAGUAAUGUCGAGGUUGAAGGUCAAUCCUAUGAUCCUCUGGGCGGCCAUUCACUCUGGCAGGUCAUUCUCAUCGUUGUGUUUACAGGACUGCUUUCCCUUAUUACUAUUAUCGGCAACAUCUUGGUCAUGGUGUCGUUUAAGGUCAACCGCCAGCUCAAAACAGUUAACAAUUACUUCUUACUAAGUUUAGCCGUGGCAGAUCUCAUCAUUGGGGUCAUCUCUAUGAACCUGUACACUACCUACAUUGUCAUGGGCCACUGGGCAAUGGGAAACUGGGCAUGUGACCUCUGGCUAGCAAUAGACUACGUAGCCAGCAAUGCAUCCGUCAUGAAUCUGCUGGUCAUUAGCUUUGACCGGUAUUUCUCCAUCACAAGGCCUCUGACGUACCGUGCCAAACGCACCACCAGGCGGGCAGGAGUGAUGAUUGGCCUGGCAUGGUUUGUGUCGCUCAUACUUUGGGCUCCUGCCAUUUUGUUCUGGCAGUAUUUUGUAGGAGAAAGAACCGUUCCACUGGAUAAAUGCUACAUUCAAUUUCUCUCAGAGCCUAUUAUUACAUUUUGCACUGCAAUGGCAGCUUUCUACCUGCCGGUGACGAUAAUGAGUGUUCUGUAUUGGCGAAUAUACAAAGAGACAGAGAACCGUUCUCGGGAACUUGCAGGAUUACAAGGCUCGGUUGGAAGGUUCGGAGGUGUCGAGCGACCGCACUUCCAUCUCCGUGCCACUGGGGGGAGCUCUAGAAGCUGCAGCAGCUUUGAACUGGGCCAACCUGGCCACAAACAAAGCUCUGUUCAUGGCCUGAGUGGGCGAUUCCACUGCUGGGGGUGGAAGGCGGGUGGCAGGGAUAAAGGUGGGCCGCACCGGGAGGCAGAUCAGAGCAGCAGCGACAGCUGGAAUAACAACGACGCUGGACUGUCAGCCGACCACUCGGGCUCAUCUGACGACGACGAGAGCGCGCCAUCCACCACACGGGCGAUCUUCUCCAUCGUUCUCAGUCUGCCUGGCAUGAAGGCAGCUGUAAACUCCCAGGUCACUUCUUGUGAGGAUUUGGACACUGAGGAAGAUCCAUUACGGUCCCCUGUGGAGAACGAUGGCAGGGAUGGCAGCAUCACCCGCUCCAUCACCAACGGGAACAAGAGGUUUGUUGGAAGCAUGAGUAAAGUUCACUCAGUGUCUGCCAUACAACCGUCAAUGGAUCCAAACAUUGAUGGAACCAACACCACUGUCAAAUCCCCCUCAGCGCCUAUAACUUUCAAAGAGGCAGUCCUAGCAAAGCGUUUUGCAGCUCGCGCAAGGACGCAAAUCACCAAGCGGAAGCGUAUGUCGCUAAUAAAAGAAAAGAAAGCAGCGCAAACUCUAAGCGCCAUCCUUUUCGCUUUCAUUAUUACGUGGACACCUUAUAACAUUAUGGUGCUAGUAAACACCUUCUGUAAUGGCUGCAUACCUGAGAACCUCUGGGCACUAGGCUAUUGGCUAUGCUACGUUAACAGUACAGUAAAUCCUAUGUGCUAUGCCCUUUGCAACAAAACUUUUCGUACCACUUUCAAGAUGAUCCUGCUUUGUCGCUGGGAUCAGAAAAAAAGCAAGCCAAGCUUUCCACAAAGACAGGCUGUGAGAUUUCACAGGAGCAUACCGACAGACUCCACAUAGCAGCCUGGUGGCGAAGCUAAUUUGCUAAUGCUAAAAUGUAAGUUUCAAAGGGUGAUUCCUCAAGUAUCUGUACUAUAUAAUGAAGCUUUAAUGUGUGAGUCUCAAUGUAGAAGUGUAGACGUCAGUCACUUAUGAUUUGGGUCACUUGAUUGUAAAAUUUUAAGACACUGUGGUUUAGUGUACAAAGAGUUUCAGUGAUACUGAAGCACAACUAAGCAAGUGCAGUGGCCAUCAGUACUUCCUGUGGACUUUUAUAUGCCUUUUACUAAAUCAGCAGUGCCAACUUUCAGGAGUUCAGCAGCGACAUAUAAAAAGGACAUUUGAAAGGAGACUGUAUUUUGAACCUCAAAGAGCUGAUUGGAUGUGAUGAUCUCAAUUACUUGUUUGAAUAUUUUGGGGUUGAAUAUUAAAUAUCUCGUUUUUGUCAGUAAAACAGAAACUAAAAUGUGAUUUUUAAAAACGGUGAUGUAUAUCAAAGUAUUUACAGUGAAGAUAUUUCUUUUUCUAAGUGAACUGUGCUGAUUUCUGUGAAAAUGUGCCACACAGAGGUUCAGUGUCUUUGCUGUCUCGGUAAGUGUAAGUGUUCUAUUCAUAAACAGCACUUCCGUAAGCUGCUCUUGUAUAAAGCGUGGUUGUUUACAUUUGUUUUGCUACAAGUAUUUUAAUAGCUAUUAUGUAGGUUUUCAGUGCACAUUAUGUUUGUAUACUUUGGAAUGCCUUAUGUUUGGACUUUAAGAUUGUGCACUGAACAUACUGGGCUAGCUGUGAAAUCAUUUAUGGAACCUAAACAAUGUUUUUAACUGUUUAAUGGACAUUUAGAUUUUGAUAUUAGUGCAUUGGAACGUAAUUCCAUUUACAGCCAAACUGUCUGCUGUCACCACCAUGUUUGGGAAUGCCAGGCUUUAACAUUACGGGCCAAUUUAGUUUCCUAAAGCAGCUGCAGAUUUGCUUCACAAAAUACAGAC